AUGCCGUCGUACGGCGGACCUGGCUCCCUAUCGCCGCAGAAGCCGCACGAGAAGUUGAGAUUUGUGCCGCAGCCGCCGCAGAAGCCGCACAACAAUACGGCCGUCAUGACCAGCCUCUUUCUACAGCCAAACUUGACUGGAGCAUAUAUAUACCUUACGUGUCUUCGCGACAAUGCCACACCAACAAACGUCUCCACGCGACAUCUAGCAGAUACGGACCAGCCAUGGCAAGCACAGAAACGUCUGCGGAUAUGUCAUUACAAUAAUACUCUCAAUGCUCGUCCCGGACUGGAUACAACAUCCUCGCAAUUCGCUGGACCCACCAAAGCAGAGUUGAACCUCGCCAGCAAGCAUGACGAAGCCCCUCUACAACUCCCAGAUACCUUCGGCAAAGAAGUUCUAUUCCUGUCCGUCAUCUGUUCAUCACAGCUACUCACACAAGCUGGAUUGGCAAUGAGCAUUGUCCCCUCCCAUAUCAUCGGCGCCUCCUUCGACAUACAGGACGAGUCCGAGCUGAGCUGGUUUUCGGCCGCGUACUCCCUGACAAUUGGGACUUUCAUCCUUGUCGCCGGCCGGCUAGGUGAUGUGUUCGGUCAGAAACCUUUCUUCAUCGGUGGCUACCUAUGGUUUGGGAUCUGGUCUGCGCUUGCUGGGAUUGCAGUCCAUGGCGGACCCUGUCAUGUUUGCUUUCUGCCGAGCUAUGCAAGGGAUUGGACCGGCGUUUCUACUCCCAAACGCUAUUGUCAUUCUUGCUCGCUACUAUGA